AUGGGAACUUUGACCGGGACAGACGCCCCCAUCGUUCCGCUCGUGAACCGGUCGGACAGCAGCGACGAGGCGCGCACCGACACGUCGUCUUUGUCCCCCACUAUGACCACACAAAAAACACGCGAGACGAAGAGCUCCGUAGACGAUCGCGCUGGUAAAGUUAUCGCAACAGUUCAAGCAGGUGCUUCUUCGUUGAACGGAAGAGGGGCGAAGACCGGUGGCGUAACUGCUGCGAAAGAGGAGGAAGAGGCGGAGAAGUCGAACCGGAAGCACCGCAAGUACGAGCGCAAGACCAAGCGGUUUAUCUGGCCCGAUGAUCUCCAUCGACUGUUUGUAGCUGCUAUCUUUGACGUCGGUCUAAAAAAUGCCUCGCCAAAGUCACUCCUUGCGCUCAUGGAAGCAGCAGGACCUGAUACAGGACUCACCACGGAGCAUCUCAAGUCGCAUCUGCAGAAAUACCGUCUCAACUAUGAGCGGUCUCGGAUGCAGUUUCUCGAGUAUUACGAACAAAGCGCCAAGCGCAAUCUCAAGCGGCGGCGGUGUCACCAGGCUCAUCACCGAACUCAUGCAGCAGGAAGUGAUGCGAACACGACGUUCGUGUUCCCUAUUAGUAACGCGAAGCGCCGGAAGAGACGUGAAGGCUACAGUGACAGCAAUGGCAGCGACUCGGAUACUGGUGACAGCAAGUCCGAUGACAACAGGAUGCAGGUGGAUACAAAAGGACGGGAAGCCGCACAGAGACUGCGUGCUGGUCCAAUAUCAACUCCAGAAGCACAUCGGCGUAGUCUUAACUACUCGCAGCUGAUGCAAACUGCACAGCAGCAGCCAGCGGCCAACUGUCUACAGUCUCCGAUACCCAAUGGGCAUAUGACGCACGCUGUGCCAGCACUGGCAUCCACGAAAAUGUCCUCUACAGCACCUCAUCACCUGCCACCAGAUUAUGCGCGAGUUCAACAGAAGCAGCGUUCCGACCACGACGGUGACUUGGUGGCAGCGUCAGCUACUGUAACCGCAUACCCUUGUCCAUCAGGACAGCUAUCGGGCUCUGUUGCUGGUGGAGUUGCUGGUAUACCGGAGCUUACCGAUCCGCAGUGGAGCAUUCUGAACUCUCUCAUGUCUCCGCAGCUCGCAGGCAUGAAUGGACUGAUAGGUGGAAAUGGGCUGUUUUCACAAGUUGCAACGAGCGAGACGAUAACUCGUGGUGGCAAUAGCGCAGACGGGUUUACACUCCACGAGGGACCAACUGAUCUACAAGUGCAGAUGCAUCUCGCCAUGCAAGCCCAAAUGAAUCUGCACCGUCAAAUGCUUACGCGAAAGGUGGAAGUGGCACAGCAUCUCGCUCGUCAUAGCAGCAUGAGUGCAAUGGACAGUAGCCCAGUAUCGAACGAUCCGAGCAACCCGCACGUUCCCCCCAGAGACUACGGCGAAUCGUGGAACAAUGCGCAGCAGCUUCAGCACCAACCAUAUCAACAACACCACCUCCAGCAGCGGCAACAAGGACACUAUCAACAGCAGCUACAUGUAAUAUCUCGGCCACCAUUGUCCACCUCGACAUCAAAUACGCAAUUAUCGUUGGCAACGGCAAACGUACAAACCGACACGAUUGUAGGAGCCGGGAUAAGCGGCGACGCUAUGGAAAUUCCAGUGCCAGCAGGUAGCAGUGUGUCUGCGGUGACGGUGAGCGACGUAACUGGAUUGGCAACAGAGACGAAGGCUGGUGAUGACGGGAUUGAUCUGUACCGUUGGGAUCGCAUCGAUUUGAAUGUGGAGCUGGAUGACGAUGAUCUUUUUGGUUUUCUGAAGUCGUAA